AUGUUGCUUUCUCACCAAAGACGUCGUCACCGAAUCAACUUCAUGUGCGUGUUUCCAUACCACGUCAUUACCGAUGUUGUUGCAUUGCUUCCAUUCAAGGAUCGAAUCAGGUGUACGCGUGUAUGCAAAGCUUGGCGUUUACUGUUGCUUGGAUGGCCUGGGAUGUGGCACGAUAUCCAAGUGGGACCAUUUGGACCUCAUUAUUCAAUCAUGGCGCGCUAUUUCAAGUGGAUGGAUGGGCCCCAUAUCCGCAAGAUCACUCUCAGGAACCAAAGCAAGCACGAUACAGAACAACUCUUUCUACUAUUGAUUGAAUGCAAUUAUCAUCAUCCUAUUCAAGUACUUUGUCUCCAUGAUUGCGAUAUUCCACUCGAUUGCUUUGUGCAGCUGUUACACAGGGUGGGCCGCUCUCUUGUGUCACUCGUCUUAUCAGGAACCAACUUGACGUUGGCCAUGGUGCUUUACUUGCUUCGAAUGUGUCCUGAUCUUGAAUUAUUUCAAUAUCAAGUGGGGAAUCGAUACGCAGCACCGCCUAUUCCUGUGGAAUUGGACGAUCGUGCAUUAUCGGACAUGCUGCCUAAGUUAAGACGACUUGUGCUCUCCAAUGGUGGCGUACAACCUCCUCUACAAAUGUUGUUACGACAUUGUCCAAGCUCACUGGAAUUGCUAUGGCUCGACCCAGAUGACUAUCAACAUGAUCGCAGUUGGCCAAUUCAUUUAUUGGAGACACUUGAUGUUGGCACGUUCUACUAUACGUCUACAGCUACAACUAGCAUCUCCUACAAGUGCCAUCCAUACGGUGUCCACGGGAUGUAUCAAGAGGAUGAUCAUGACGCUGCUGCUAUCAAUGAAAGCUUGCUGGCUAUUGAAGACCAUGUACAUAAUCUACGUUGUCGCAUGAUCCCCGGGAUGGUGAUCCAAAGCCGUGGUUGGUUGAACGAUAGAAUACUAUCGCCAUUAUUGAACAAGAAGCGAGAUCGGCCGACACAAGUCUUAGCGCUUGGACAAUGUCCACAAGUAACGAGUGAGAGCUUAUGCAAGUUAUUGGUUGCUCAUAUGCCGGCAUCAUUGACGUAUUUGGAAUUGGAUAAAGCUGACAAGGUCAAAGCGAUCCAUCUCAUUGCGCUUAUCAAGCAAUCAUCCUCAUUGUUACAUACAGUGCGCUUACGAAGAAUGAAGAGUGUGACAAAUGGUGUCGUCGAUGCUCUUAGUGAUGCGUCUCGGCUUGAACAUGUGGAUUUAUCUUAUUGCAAUUCUAUCACGGAUGAUGCAUUGAAGCGAUUUAUCGACAAACAAGGGAAUAGACUCAAGACGCUCGACACGGUGGGGUGCAAAGCCAUUACUUUUGAUGCAGUGAAUUAUUGUUGGCUCAGGAUGGGAUUUGGAUUUGGAUAG